AUGAGUCAGGGCGGACUUGACAGCAGGACCUGGAAAAGAAUCUUCUGGUUGCUGAUCCUAUUUGCACUUGGCGUCCUAGGCCUGUUUCUGUGUGGGUUUCCUGUAGUCAGGCAUAUAGAGAUCUUCAUCCCCAUGGGCAUCUGCCCUUCGGCCAAAAUGCACCUGAUGAGUGACAACUUCACCGGUCUCCUGUAUCCCUGGGCCCGCACUGAAGUUCUGACAUGCACUUCCUGGGGAGCCCCAAUUAUUUGGGAUGGUACCUUUGACCCAGAUGUGGCCCAGCAAAAGACUGGACAGCAGAACCUCACCAUUGGGCUAACUGUCUUUGCUGUAGGCAGGUAUCUGGAGAAGUACCUGGCACACUUCCUGGAGACCGCAGAGCAGCACUUCAUGGUGGGUCACCAUGUCGUGUACUACGUGUUUACGGACCUCCCAGCCGCCGUACCGCACGUGGUGCUGGGCCAGGGCCGGAGUCUGCGCGUGGAGCACGUGGCCCGCGAGCGGCGCUGGCAGGACGUGUCCAUGGAGCGCAUGCGCACGCUCUCGGAGGCGCUGAGCGGCUGGCUGGGCCGUGAGGUGCAGUUCCUCUUCUGCAUGGACGUGGACCAGCACUUCAGCGGCGCCUUCGGACCUGAGGCGCUGGCCGAUUCGGUGGCCCAGCUGCAUGCCUGGCACUACCACUGGCCGCGGUGGCUGCUGCCCUUUGAGCGCAGCGCUCGCUCUGCCGCUGUGCUGGGACCUGGCGAGGGCGACUUCUACUACCACGCAGCCGUGUUCGGGGGCAGCGUGGCGGCGCUGCGCAGGCUGACGGCGCAUUGCGCGCAGGCCAUCCAGCAGGACCGCGAGCGCGGUGUCGAGGCGAAGUGGCACGACGAGAGCCACCUCAACAAGUUCUUCUGGCUGCAUAAACCCGCCAAGGUGCUGUCACCUGAGUUCUGCUGGAGCCCGGAAAUAGGCGCGCGUACUGAGAUCCACCACCCACGCCUCCUCUGGGCGCCCAAGGAGUACAACGUGGUGCGCACCUAA